UUCGUUAGUAAACAUGGACGUCUGAAAAUGAUGCGAUUUUUAAUGCAGCAAUAUUUUAUUUACUAAGCGAAAACAAAACCUAUUGUCUGGUAGUUCCGCAUCGCUGUGUACAGAUAUUGUAUAGAAAGGAUGUCUCGGCAUGGUUACAGUGGAUCCAACUAUGAUAAAUAUGUGGAACGAACAGAUACAUCCACAGUUCACAAGAUCAAGGAAACGUUUUGGACAACCAAACAAGCAGUAAUACAGAAACUAGGCAAGAAAGAAGAUGAACAUGUGGUCGCAUCAGAUGCUCAACUUGAUGCUAAGCUAGAGGUAUUCAGAGCUAUACAGAGAUCUUCAAUGGAACUAUUGAAAGUGAUAGAAAAAUACCAGGAUCGUUUAUGUCGAUUGUCACAAGAAGAAAGUAGCACAGGAAGAUUCCUUAAAUCACAGAGUAACAUUGACAAAACCAGAGCUGGUAAAAUGAUGGCUGCUGUAGGCAAAUCACAGAGCUUCUCAGCUCAGCAAAGGUUAGCUAUGAGAGUUCCACUAGUAAGACUUUACCAGGAAGUAGAAACAUUUAGAUACCGAGCCAUAUCAGACACAUUAAUGACUAUAAAUAGAAUGGAAGGAGCCAGGACAGAGUACAGAGGUGCCCUCUUGUGGAUGAAAGAUGUAUCAGAACAGUUGGAUCCAGAUACUUACAAACAGUUAGAAAAAUUUAGAAAAGUUCAAGCACAAGUGCGGAAAACAAAAGCGAAAUUUGAUAAAUUAAAACUAGAUGUGAUGCAAAAAGUAGACUUAUUAGCUGCUAGUAGAUGUAAUAUGUUCUCACAUGUCUUAGCCAAUUAUCAAUCAACGUUAUUACAUUUCUGGGAGAAAACGUCAAGAACCAUGACAGCAGUCGCAGAAAGCUUUAAAGGAUACCAGUACUAUGAAUUUAAUAUUAUAAAGGAUUUAGCAGAACCAAGUAGAAAAUUAGCAGAAGAGACGGGGAAAGAUAAAGAAGCAGAUAUAGAUGAUGACUUUGAUCCUAGCAAUUAUGAUUACAUCAAAGAAAAAUGUCAAAAACAAAGAGAAGAAUUUGAUCAAGAAUUGUCCAGUAGAUUAGAGGGGCAUAUUGAUGACAAUGAUGAUAAAAAUUUGUUAGAAAAUAAUGGAGAUAUUUCAGAAAAUAUUAGUCAUGACAGGUUGAUAGAAUUUGAAGAUUACCAUGACGAUGAAGGUAAAGACUCCUUACAGACUAAUGGUAGCUUGCAGAAUUUAUAUGAAGGAGAUGGACAUACUAUAAAUGAAGAGAACAAAUCAGAACUUUCAAAAGAUACCAAAAAGUCAGAUACUUCUAGUCCUUUUAUUGAAUUUGAGGAAGACAAACCUGAGGAAGAUUUCAGCGGCCAAAUCAUAUCAACGUCGGAAAAGACGAAGUCAACUAAAGUUAAUAAAAAAGAUAAAGAUUUAUUGUCAGAUGACCUUGACCCUGAUGACACAGAUAAAGAUGACAUGACAAUAUUGAAUGAGAUUUUGAAUGCUCCGUCUACAGAGGAGGAUGAGUUCAGUGCGGAAUGGCAGGCUGUGUUUGGAGAUGGUAGAUCAGCUACUACCAUGGCAACCAACCAAGGGAGUGAAACAGAACAGCAUGCUGACUUUAUGCCUUCAAAUUUAUUAGACUUGAACAAACAGAUGACGGGUAUCAAUCUUUCACAAGGAGAGCCACAACAAGGCAAUAGAGUUAUGGGCCCUGGAAUGCCAGGGCAGAUGCCACCAGGUGGUUCUGGUCAAAAUCCUCAACAACCCAAAGCUAAAUCACAGAAAAAGAAGGGGCAAGACAUGUCAGCCUGGUUCAAUCUUUUUGCUGAUCUUGAUCCAUUAUCAAAUCCUGAUGCCAUUGGAAAGACUGAAGAAGAUAUGUCCAAUGCCCAGUUCUAGGAUCUGACUAACGACCAGUUGUAAGAUCUGAUUAAUGACAAAUUUGAGGAUCUGACAGAAUGUUUUUUUAAUGUGCAAUUAUAAUUGAAAUCCUGUUGUUACAUAUUUUCAAGAGAAUGUUUUCAAGUAGGUUGAAGAACUGUAUUUUUUAUUGUAAUUUUCUACUGGUUAUUAAUAAAAUGUGACAUCUUUUUAUUCAGAAAAAGACAAAGUCCGCAUUCCAUGAAAAAAUAUCAAAAUACUUUUCCUUAAACAUUAUUCUCCCAAACAUUUAUAUGUUAGAAAUAUUUCUCUCUCAAGUUACUUUUGGUUAUUCAAUUUAUGCAAAAUUUAUAUAAUGAGAGUAUGCAUGUCGGUGAAAAAAUAUAAAAAUCAACCAUUUUCUUGUCAAAAUUGAAUAUUGGAUGCUCCACUUCAAUUUUUUUAAAGAUGGCUCCAGGAUAGAACAUAGAGGGCGUAGGCCCCCCUUUUUGAUCGGCGAAGCAAAAAAAAAACAACAUGGUUCUCCUGAUUUAUAUGAAUAAUGGUUCAAAAAAGUUUUCAGUAAUUAUUACCUUUUCUAGAAUAAUUUCCCCCCUAUUCAAAAAUCCUGGAUCAGUCCUUGAAUGUUGACUUAGUCUAUUUUUUCAAGUAGCACAUGCCACCUAUUUUAGGAUUACAUUCUUAGUUUCUUUUAAUAUAAUUGUACAGGACAGACCUGGUUCAUAAAGAUCUAUAAACUAGAAAAUAACUAAAAAUUCAAAAUAAAUGAUUUUUGAUAUUAAUAGAUAGCAUUAAACUAUGAUUUAGGUUUCACAUAUUAACCUUGAAAUUAACACUUUUAAUAUCUGUCAGUCUGUUGUGGAUUCAUUAUUAUUUGUCGGGUGUCUGCCAAUUUCAUGGAUUUCAUGGAUAGAGGCAAACCACUAAUUAAAAAAAAAAAACGUUCAACAGAAGUAUAUAAAGUUUCCAAUAGACUUGAAAAUGGAAACUUUGGCAAAACCACGAAAUCAAAUAUCUAGGAAUAUACGAAUAUAUUUCAAUCCAUGAAAAAAUUGGUACCCAUGACAAUAAAUGAAUCCACAUUAUUUAUUUGUAUAUUUAUUAAUUUUGCAAUCCAUGAUUUAGUUAUUAAAGUAGUGUGUUAACAAAUUUUCUGACAUUGACAUAAAAAUAAAAUGAUGUAGAUGUCUUUUACCAGUAUAGAUCUGAAAUAACUUGAAUGAAUCUGUAUUUUUGUCAUAAUACCACAAUCUGUCUCUCAUUUGAUCUUAUUUUGUUAAUGCGAAUUUUUCAGGGUUUUUAAAACAGAAACAUGGCCUAUUUGCAUAUUGUAUUUAUUUUUCUGCAGUAUUUUUCAUAACUAAUAAAAACUUAGCUAUGCUAAUCUUUGCCUGAAUACACCAGAGGAAAUUUAGUAGUAAGAUUUGGAUACAUUCAAAAUAUUUACUCAUAUAUAAUUGCAAAAUAGUUGAGGAAUAAAAAAAAUUCACUCCU